ACUCACCACACACACACAAACACACACAUACUGACACACACACAUUACAUUCUAACUGCUACUGAGGAAGUUCCACAGAUCACUAGCUCUCUCUCUCUCAGACUGAAAAUGAUCGUCCUGUUGGUGUCCACAUUGCUCUUCUCAGUUUCCAGAUCUGAGGAGUCUCUGUUUGUGCGUAAGGGAAGCUCUGUUCGUCUGGGUGUGCAGGGAUAUGCAGACCUCCGGUUUAACACCCUUUCCUGGCGUUUCAAUAUCUCCACAGCCAUACUAGAAUACAAUUAUGAAGUUAAACAUCUGAUAUUAUUUAAAUCUUAUGAAACCAGGGCAAAUUUUUAUAAAGAGAACUUCACUCUGCUACUGAAGAACAUGCAGGAGAGAGACAGUGGGAUCUACACAGCAGGGAUAUCUGAUGAAGAAGGACAGCUGAGAGAUGUUGCUUCCUACAGGCUCACAGUUCAAGAGGCCCCGCCCACACCCCAGGUGGGAGUGGCGUUACUCUCCUCUGCUGGAGGGUUCUGUAACGUGUCAGUGAACUGCUCUGCUAAAGACACCUGGGCCAGCUACACCUGUGACCACGCCCACUGCACACAGGUAGAAAAUACAACCUUGUCAACAGAAGUCUACAUCAUUGUCACGGCAACCAACGAGGCCAUCUACUGCAGCAGCAUUAACCGGGUCGACACAAAGACGCGAUCAGAAUCCACAAAGGACAUCUGUGCUCCAGUAACACCAUCUCCUGGCCUCUCGCUGUGUGCGCUAAAGUCAGUGCUGUUCUCCCUGGGUCUGGUUGCCAUGGUUUCGGCUGUCAUCGCAGUUAAUGCCAGAGAGAGGUGCUGCAGAGAUCAGUGAGGACUGAGAGAGAAGGAUAAAUUUGUCAGAGGGGAG